AGUUACAAAGAAAAUUGUGGAAGAGAAUACACAAUUAAUUUUUUUAUAACUCGAAAGUUAUAAAUACACAUGACUCAAGUUGCGGAGUAAUACAAGAAACUGAAUGUGAAGUGUGCGCACUAGUUCUUUCAGCAACGGUAGUGAUCGGGCGAAGUUUGUGUGUGUGGAACUUUGUCUCUUGACGGUUUCAUUAUUUUUGUGUGCAUCAUGAGCUGGCAGGAUUACGUUGAUAAGCAAUUGCUAGCUUCUCGUUGUGUGACAAAAGCAGCAAUCGCAGGACACGAUGGAAAUGUGUGGGCCAAAUCCGAUGGAUUUGAAGUGUCCAAAGAAGAAAUUGCAAAACUUGUACAAGGAUUUGAGAAACAGGAUAUCCUGACGUCGUCGGGGGUGACGCUGGCCGGAAAUCGUUAUAUCUACCUCUCUGGUACUGACAGAGUGAUCAGGGCCAAACUUGGCAAAGUAGGAGUCCAUUGCAUGAAGACACAACAAGCCGUCGUCGUCUCCCUAUACGAAGAUCCAAUCCAACCCCAGCAAGCAGCGUCUGUAGUGGAAAAGCUAGGGGAUUACUUAGUGUCCUGUGGAUACUAGAGAUAAUGUAUAGGACUGUUCUCCUGUGGUGAUAAAUGCAAAACAUCAGAGAAAUGGUCUUUUUUUUUUUUUUUCAAACAGCGGUCGGUCGGCAAUGUGCAUCAUGUUUCUGGCUAAAAUGAUUCAGUUUGAGUUCACACUCAUCUGGUGGAAAAUCUUGAACUGCACUUUUCUUCAUUCUCAAUACCUUGUGUCCGGAUAUUUGUGACAAGCAGCGCUUGAGUGAAUGUCUUAAAUUGAGGCAUUGAGCAUUUUAUGGGCCGUUUCUCCAAGGUACAUCUUGAAGGAACAUCUGCUGACAGCGUUUUAUGAGCGACAUCUCUUUCAGUAAAGAAAGAAGAGUCUGAAGCCAAGGUGUGCCUUGAAGAAUUUCCAGAGAAAUUAAAUUAACCAGUUUUGUAGCUGAUUGUAGUAUGCCCAUUGCAUUUGAUACUGAGUAAUUAGGGUUUUUAUAAUCUCUAGUCUGUUCUUUGUACCCCCUUCACUGCCUUUCCCCCUCUUCCUCUUGCUGUGUGAAAAUUUUCAUUACAAAACGUAACGCAUAACAAAAUCUGAACCUGCUUGUAACCCACUGUAAUCAUUCUGUCAUUGUAAAACAAAAGUCAAGUGCUUGCAUGAAAAAUAUUGGCGGAGUUGGUACCACUGCAUGUAGUAUGGUGAUAUGAUUCAAUGUUUGAAGCCUGCAGACCAUUGUAAAAAAGUGGUUGGCAUACUUAAAAAAAUUGAACAAGAAAGAAAGUUUCCGACACCAAGCUGUGUAGCGCUGUGUUGCAGAAGGAUUCUGUGAGAAGUUUAAUUUUUACUACGGUCUAAUUUAAACAAAUAGCUUUGUAAACAUUUGAAGAAGAAAAAAUAAUUCUGAUGACAAAAAAAUGAAGUCGUCUAGCAAAAAUAAAAUUGUAUAAAGUGUGAUGUAAUUUUUGGGGGGUUGAGUGGCUGAUAUUAUUGCCUGCUGGGAUCUCUUUGACAGUUCCCAAAAUUAAAAAUAUAAAAAUGGGGGAUAUGCUUAUUUUUUAAACUUAAUUUUUCAGUGUAAGCCAAUGGAAUGUAGCCAGGUUAUAUAACAUGUUCUUUCAUUCAUUUCACAUCCUUCUCUGCUCUGCCUUUAUGUAUUGGUUGUAGGUGGAACUGCCCUGCCUUGACGUCCCUUUCAAGAAUUGAGGGUCCCUCAAGGCAAGGGCAGAUGUGUGCCAAUUGUAAAACAAAUUUGCAAUCAAAUCUCAUGUUGGGUUUAUACAUUUUGUACUGAUUUGACUAUUGUAUUGCAAUUUUUUUUGCAUGAUUUUUCAACAAACGAGGAGAAAAAGAAACAAUAUGUACUGUUCCCCUUCAGGGCCCCCAAUAAAAUUUAUGAAACAAAUUGUACAUUUUUGUUCAGAUAUUUGUGUGUUAUUGCUCGGAAUGGUGCAACAUGUCUGAUCCCUGCUUGAGGUACCUUGGCAGUGUGGUCACAGAGGUGUAAAUCUUUGUCUUCAUAUAAUGUGAACUGUAUAUAUAUAAUUAGAGGAAAUCUUAAAGAUUGUGUCCUGCUCUAAGUUCUGUCUUGACAUACAUCAGAACUGUCUUGGGCUUCUUAAAUCUCAUAUGGGUUCAGUGUGGGGAUGGACGCAGCCCGUAGUGAAUUGAUUGGUUUUUGUGACUGAAUGUGACGUCUUAUCAAAUGGUCUGUACUGAGGCCACAGGAAGAAAUCGUGUGGAUCAAACCUCCCUGCACCCCUUCCUAGAGCUCAUUCCAGCUUCGUUCCUCCCAUUCUCCCUUGCAUUUGUCUCGCCAUUCUCUUCCUACAAUAAGAAUAAACAGCAUACAGGAAGGAGGACGGUUUGAACACAAUCGUCUUUAAUACCCGUGGAUUUCUUUCAGUGGUCUCACUACAUGCGGCUUCACAGUUACUAGUAUACACAGUGUUGAGAUAGAACCACAGCCUGCUGUAAUUAAUUCUGUUUCAUGUUGGAUGAUAGAUGCCCAAAGGACAUAAUAUUAUACUGGCAUCCUGUUGCAUUAGUUGUUCAUUUGAUACACACAAAAUGCAGUUUUAUAAGCAACUUGAUAGGCCAGUGGUUGGAUAACAAUUUUGUGCUUUUAUGUAAAUUCAGUGAUAUGUUUCGGUCGCACAGGACCAUUGUCAGGUAUAUGCAAUGUUUCACGUAAACUGUUAUCAUGUACUGUAGUUUUAUAUAUCCCGUGAGAGCCGUAUGCCUGAAAAUAUAUUAUUUAAACCAAUAUGGUGGUACCUGAUCGGCCAAAACACGACACUGAAUUUGCAUGAGAGCCCAGAGCAAGUGGCGAUCCAACUAGUGGACCAUGUAGCUGCACUGAAACACUGUUUUGGAUAAAAAGAACAUUCGUUGUCUCACAUCUACCGAAACUGAUCGAAUGAAAAAAAUAUAUAAAGAACCAUUUCCAGCAGAGUUUUUAGUAUGACAUUGUUAUGUGGCUUGUGGUCCUUUUUAACACCUGUAUUCGAUCUGUGCAGUUGUCUGCAAGAGCAUUUGUCUGAGAAUUGUCUCAUAGGCCAGUACUGAAGAAGUUUGCCCAUCCCUUGUAUAAAGUAAAUGUUUCUUGUCACUGGAAUAUGGUUUGUGGAUGAAAGUUUAUAGUAUAUUAACUAAUGAUUGGGAGAAAUGGUCAGAAUUACAAUUUGCUGGCUUGUGCUUUGUUCACUGUUGUAUACCUUGUUUUAUUGAGUCUAUAAAUACCAUUUCAGUUCGAUUUUUA